GGGGUUCAUGGCGGCUGGUGCUACGUUGGUGGGAGCAGCUGGGUUGACUAUUGCGUCUAAUCCUACGGAUAAUGCAUUGAAGCAGGGAGCCAUUGCCGUUCAGCGUUCGGCACGAGUCGCUGUCGCGUGUGUGCUGUGCUUCAACGACUACAGAAGAGUUCUGAAUACGGAGUACUUGACACUAGAGCUCCGGGAAGAGGCGAUGAGCGCGUGUCACAAGAAGUGUGCGUUGCGGACAAGGAAGGUCAUGGAGAAGAACGGAGGUGUCUACAUUAAGCUCGGACAACAUGUCUCCGCUAUGGCAUAUCUCAUCCCAAUCGAAUGGGUCGAGGUCAUGAUUCCACUCCAAGAUCGUGCACCAGCUUCGUCUUAUGAGAGUGUGCGAGCCAUGAUCGAAGGCGACACAGGUGAAAGAUUUGAAGAUAUCUUUCAGGAGUUCGAUGAGGUACCCCUUGGUGUCGCAAGUUUAGCGCAAGUGCACAGGGCCGUAUUGAGGAAGGACGGACAAGAAGUCGCGGUCAAGUUACAGCAUCCCGAGAUUGCGGCAUACUCUCGCAUCGACGUCUCCGUGACGUCCUUCGUGCUGGAUUUGAUACAGCGUGCAUUCCCCGAGUUCACGUUGGGUUGGUUGGGAGAGGAGAUGAGAGAGCAUCUUCCCCGUGAAUUAGAUUUCACACUCGAGGCCGAGAACGCGAUCAACACCCAGAAAUACUUCGCCAAGAUCAAGGGCUCGCCGCUGAAAGUCCCCGACGUGGUCUGGUCACAGCCACGAAUCCUCGUAAUGGAAUUCAUCCGCGGUGGACGUCUGGAUGAUCUCGCGUUCAUCGACUCGAACGGUAUCGACCGAAACAAGGUCUCCCUCGAACUCGCGAAUAUCUUCAACGAGAUGAUUUUCGGUGGUGCCCGUCUCCACGCCGACCCACACGCCGGAAACCUCCUCAUCCGCCGUAAACCCACCGGCUCCAAGUCCCGUCAAAACUUUGAAAUAGUACUCCUCGACCACGGUCUCUACCGCGACAUCCCCCUCCAAGCCCGCCGAGACUACGCUCACCUCUGGCUCGCAAUCCUCGAACGCUCCGAACCGGACAUUGCGAAGUAUGCGAAGAUUGUGGCUGGAAUUGAUGAUUACAGGGUUUUCGUCUCGGCUAUUACCGCGAGGGAUUGGGAUACCGUCAUGGCUGGUGUCGAAACCCCCCGUUCUGCAGAUGAAUUCAAGCGCAUCAAUACCGCCGUCGGACAAGGCCUCGUUAUGCAAAUUAUUGAUAUGCUUCAUCGUGUCCCGAGACGGAUGUUGUAUCUUUUCAAGACGCAGGAUUUGGUAAGGGCGUUGGAUGAGAGUUUGAAGACGACGUUGAGUCCAGAGAGAUUGUUUUUGAAUAUGACGAGGUAUUGUGCGACGGCGGUGUUUGGGGAGAACUUGGAUCGGAUUUGGGGGGAGGUAAGAUUAUUGUGCUUGAAAGGUUGA